AUGUCGAUGUGCCUUAUCAAUCCUGCACACAGCGAGCAUAAAUCCAAACUAAAAAUACCAGAAGCCAUUCAACCACAAGGAAAACAUUGCGAUGAUAUGCUAUCGUUGAGUCAGAACAGGACACACGGACAAUACAAAAUAAUUAACAGUGUGGAGAGGACGUAUAGCAGAAUGGCGCCGAUUUCGCUGAAAAUAGUUCUAGAGGGCGCUGCCGUUACUAAGACACUUUUAUUCGAUUUGAAUACAACAAUAUCACAAGCUCAUCAUAUAGUUAGGGACAAAAUCCAUUCGCUUGAUCCAGACAAAGAAUAUGGUUUCUUCCUACCAUCAGCUGACAAUGACUGUUCAGGGGUGUGGCUGGAAGGUUAUAGGACCUUCGAGUAUUACAUGUUACGCGAGGGUGAUAGUCUAUUCUAUUUGGAGAAGGUCAGAAAUGUGAGACUUCGGAUGUUGGAUGGUUCAGUUAAAACGAUUCAAGUAGACGAAUCGAAAUGUGUUGGCGAUUUGAUGGUUUCCAUUUGUGAAAAGAUUGGUACUACAAACUAUGAAGAAUAUGGACUCUGCCGCGAGCAUAUGGAAACUGAAGAAGCAAAACCAAUGACUGGUACUCUUACGUUAAGAAAGAAAACUCUGGCUAGAGAGAAGGACGCUGAAUUGCAGCAACUCAGCAAAAAACUGAAAACUGACGACAAUGUGGAAUGGCUUGACCAGCACAAGACUCUGAGAGAACUCCUUGUAGAUCCGAAAGAGACUCUUCUGUUUAAGCGAAGGCUCUUCUACUCUGAUAGAAAGGUGGACGCAAGAGAUCCCGUUCAACUCAACUUACUCUAUGUCCAGACAAGAGACGCUAUUCUAGAUGGAAGACAGAUUGUCACCGAACAAAAAGCUGUAGAGUUUGCUGGUCUGCAGUGUCAAAUCCAGUAUGAAGACUUUAUUGAGGAUAAACAUAAGCCUGGGUUUAUAGAAAACUUGAGGGAAUUUCUACCAGCGCAAUACGCAACAUCUUGGGGCAUCGAAAAGAAAAUAUUCAAAGAACACAAGAAGCACCAUGGACUCAGUCAAUUGGAGGCUAAACAAUUGUACACGAAAACUGCAAGGGAGUUGCCAACGUAUGGUGUAACGUUCUUCCUUGUUAAGGAGAAGCAUAAAGGCAAGAAAAAGCUGAUCCCUCGCCUGUUGGGUAUAAACUCCGAGUCUGUACUGCGUUUGGAUGAGGAGACGAAGGAAAUUUUACAGGUCUGGCCGCUUACGCAGGUGAAGAGCUAUCGGGCUGCAAGUGAAUCGUUUACUUUGGACUUUGGAGAUUACAGUGACAAAGAGUAUGCUGUCAAAACAAAUGAAGCUUUCCGGAUAAAGGACAUCCUUCAAGGAUACAUCGACAUCAUCAGAAAGAAAACUGCUCCUCCAUACAACGUCACCUACACAGAGGGAGAGGCUAUGUGCGAGGAUACUGUGGAAAUAUCCAGAGGGACUAUUAUUCAAAAUAUCGUUCCAUCGAAAAUUGUCGAGCAAUCAUUUGUGGGGCCGAGCCGAAUUAUAUCAGUGGAACAGGGUCACAAUACAAGCGAGGGAGUACGAAUAACAACAGUACAUGAAAUGGUCACUGUGAAUCAAGGUGAUAAGAGCCAACAUGGAAUGAAAGGAGAAAUACUAGGCGAAACUCCAGAUAUGUUUGGGAAGAGGUUGAAUAGAAUUAAUUCACUUGCAGUGAAAGCGGUUAUGCUUUCAGACGAAAAGAAUAACUUGAGUGGCUUACAGGGUAUAGCAUCUAAUAUGGAGAACGAACUACCGGCAGUGGUCAAAGGAGUUAGAGAAAGGGCUAAACAACUAGACGACGAACAUUCAAAGAAAUUGCUGGACGAGUUAGAUGAAUUAUGUGAUUAUAUUAAUAAUCUUUCCAUCACAGUAAAAAGUUCUGAUUACGAUUCACCUGAAAAGUUGUUGCUCACAAACGAGACGGCAAAGAAAUUGGCUGACAUUUCCGCUUUGAUGUACUUGUCUCUUGACCCGAAGACUAAAAAGCGAUCUCAACUUAUAAAGAGUUCCCGCAACAGUUUCAUAGCUGAUGAGAAGACGGAAGCUCAUUUACGAAGACUUUCCCUUAAGAGUUCUAUCGCAGCGACGCACCAGGUUCUAGAUAAUGCCUACUCAGAAUUAGGACAGGAAUACAUAGGAUCUGCUCCAGGACCACAAGUUAUUGAAACAAUUGAAAAAAGUAUCAAUUAUAAACUUGGCAAACUGAACGCCGCUGUCGCUUUGUUAUUGAAUGCUCAUUCAGAUCCACAAGAAGUCAACUACGCAACAGCCGUGACUUGCAUGAGCACUAUCAAAGAGCUUAUUCCGGAAUUAAUUCAAGAUGUGAAUACGUUAAAUAGUUUUACGGAAGGUGAUGAAGAAAGAACAGCUCUAACGAGUCAAGUAAAAUUGUUACUGGAUAGACUUGCUGCGCUUUGCUGUUUGAAUGGAACAGAUGACCCUCAGAAGAUACAAGACGCUGGAAAAGCAUACGGUGACGAAUCCAGGAAGCUGAUCUAUACGUUUAAUCGAGGUGUACAGCGAGAUCGUACUGUUGAUAAGGAAAGCGAGAUUAUGAAUCUGGCUAAGAAUGGGUCUGGAGAACUGGACGACGCUGGCGUUAAGUGUGCUGAUGCUGCAAAGGAACUAUACGCGUGUGCACAGUUAACAGCGCCAUCGAUCAACGAGCCCCACUGUCAAAGUGCGCUAACGGAAGCCUGCGAGAACCUAUCAUCAUCAGUAAGCCAUCUGACUCACACAUAUAAACCAAUAGUGGAUGACCCUGGGAGACACUACUACGGGAAAAGGUUAAACGAUAGAGUUGCAGAUCUGAACAGGGAACUGCUAAGACUAAAAGAUGCGUACAUCAAUUUAAGUGAAAAUAACAAUGGAAAUGAUGAAUCAUAUAAUCUAGACGACGGUGAUAUAAGUGCUCAAAGACGGCUUAAAUUCAAGGCUUUAAUAACGCGAGGGAAGAAGGCUUUAUCAGAAGCAGAAAACCAUUUAGAUCCCAACUCGCAAAGUACAAGUGUAAAUAACGGAGUCCAAACACAAAUAGAUGUUGAAAGUCUUCAGUCUUUACUGAAUAGGAAAAUAGGACAAUUAAAUAGCGCAGUUGCUAAUUUAAUCAAAGAAUCAAUUUCGGAUGAACCAGAUUAUGAAGUCUACAACAGAGCGAUCAGCUACAUAUCGAAGCUUACUCCAGAAAUAAUGCGAGAUGCCAAAAUCCUCGAAGAUAAUGUUAAGGAGUUAAACGGUGAUAACAGUACUAAACAUGAGGUAUUAGACAACCUACAGACUAUUCUUAAUACAGUAAAUGAUAUUGCUUUUGGUGAAAAAGACGUUAAUAAAACGGAUCUUUACGACGCUGCUGACAAUUUUGUAAAAUCAACUCACAAACUAUACUGGACUUUCAAUCCUCGACAUAAAACCGAAGAAGAUAAUAUGCUAAUGGAUCAAGCUAAAGACGUUGGUGACAAGACAUCAGCUUUAUUAAUAGACACAAGUGAACUGAUAAGUUCCAUCGGUUCUGGUCCGAGAGCUGAAGAGCUAGAAGGAGCUGGAGUCAGAUGCGCUGAUGCUGCUAAAGCAUUUAUAAUUUGCGCUGAAUUGACGACGCCUACAAUUAAAAAUCCUUACAGUCAAGCUGUUUUAGAAUCAUCAGUUGAUAAUCUUGAAUCGUCAAUUGAAAACUUGACUGAUACGUAUACACCUAUAGUAGAAGAACCGGAACGUUACUACUACGGCAAAACACUUGCGGCUAGGAACGAAGCCCUUAUGAAAGCUUUAGAGAAACUGAGAUGCAUCUAUGAAAAGGAAAAAAGUGCUGCUGUUCGUUUCCCAAACGAGGAUGACAAAGGCAUACCCGAUGAAGAGAAAGCCCAAAGACUUAAAUUUAUUGCAUCGAUUUCAAGGUUAAAUUUCGCUUUACAAGACGCUGAAGAGAAACUGCUAGUCGGUUCGCCAAACACCGUAAUUUAUAAUGAAGCGGACUUGCAAGAAAUUCAGACUCAAUCGUCGAACAAUUUGGCAAGACUAAAUGCAGCUAUUGCCUCUUUAUUAAAAUCUUUAUCAGGUAUACCAGAUUAUGAAAAAACGAAUGCUGCCAUCAGUGCCAUUGCUGAGCUCACGCCUGAAAUUAUACGUGAUGGUAAGAUUAUUGAGAAUCACGUGGAUGGAUAUGAGAAAGAAGCAUUAAUAGAUAACUUGGAAGCAAUGGUUGAAGCGGCUAAAGACAUUUGCACACAUUCUGCGGCGCAUAAUGACACCGAUCUUAAGAACGCAGCUAUGAAGUUUGCUAAAUCUUCAGGAAAAUUGACGUACAUUUUCAACCCACAUGCAAAUCUUGAGAAAGAAUCAGAGAUUAUAGACCUAACAAACGAUGUUGCACUUAAAACAUCAUUGCUUUUACGCAACCUUCGUGGAAUCACCAGCAUAAACCCGCCUCCACCAGAAGAACUAAUAUCAAAUGUAGAUCGGGCAAUUCUUACCUGUAAUGAUGCUGUAAAUGACUUGAAGAAUUGUGCAAAGCUCACAGCGCCGUGUAUUGAAGAGUUAAACUGCCAGUGCGCAUUGUCAGCAGCUUGUGAGAAUUUAGCAGCGAAAUUAGAAGAUUUAGUGCUUACCUUCAAGCCUAUGCUGGAAGAACCGAGUCGUCAACGUAGUGCUAAAACAAUAGUUCAAAAUACUGUUGAUGUUUCGGUGGCUCUUGCCAAGUUAAAAACAGCCUAUCCAUUUUCAACUCAAGAAGAUUUGAGUAACAAACCUACAGAAGCUAUAAAAUCCGUAGCUACCUUAUCACCUAUGAAGAAAGCUUUAUUAGAUGCUGAACAGUUCUUUGAUGAUAAACACAACAUAAAUCAACAUCUUGGAAGGCAAUCAGGAAAACCUGAUGUUAAGUUAUCGUUGACAAGAAGUAUAGCCGAGAUGAAUGCGGCAAUCGCAACUAUGUUACAUGCUACAAUAGAGGAACCCGAUUACAAUUUCGUUGAAACGUCAAUGGCAAAGAUAGCAAAUAUCAUUCCAAGCAUAGUAGACGAUGCAGCAUUCAUGGCCUAUCAGAAUGCAGAAGACACUAUUUGUCAAGAUAUAAAACCCAUGUUUACAUCUCUUAUUAAUAUAAACAAAGAUAUAGAAAAAGAUCAGUUGAAGGGUCUCAACAAUAGUGCUAUGGAAUUUGCUAAAACGUCCCAAAAAAUAUACCACAACUACAGUCCACAAAUAGAUAGACGGAAAGAAGACCAGAUAUUGGACUUAUCACGAGGAGCUUGCCGAGAUGCUUCAAAGCUACUGACGAAAGUAUAUCAACUUGCAAAAGAGUUACAAGAUCCAGUAGCAACUGAGCUAGACAAUUGUGGAACUGGGAUAGUUGAUACAGCACAAGUCUUUUUAACAGCUGCGGAAGUAACAGCUCCAAGUAUGAUGGAGCCCGAAUGUCAGACAGCCAUGGUUAGCCUUACGGAUACCUUCUUAAGUAAAAUUAAAAAUUUGGAAAAUCUUUGGAUGCCAUUAACAGGAACCUAUCAAGAUUUAGGUGAUCAAUUACAUAAAGAUUCUAGCAUUCUAGAAACGACACUAAAUAAGAUGAAAGAAAUUUGUGUAUAUAAUAAAGAUGAUGAAAUCAACAAAAGAAGAGAAGAGCUAGUUAAAAAAACACUAGACGCAAAGGAAAAAAUAAAAGAGGCUGAAAUGCUUAUGGUGGAGGACAAGUUAGCACAAUUACCAGAACCACCGCUUUUAGAAGUUGUUGCCAUCAUGACAGAGAAAGGAUGUGUUGAAAAGAAAUCUAUCGAACAAACUAAAAGAUUUCUUUGUGAUAAAUUGGCGGAACUCAAUCAAUACAUAUCCACAUUGGUUCAAGCAGCUUCAGAUCGCGAAGCCAUCAACCAUUCACAGCAAGGAGAAUUAGUAGGAAAGAUUUCCGAGGUUACCCCAGAGACACUAAAAUGUAUUCUUUCGACACAUAAGUAUUUGGAUGAGGAUACUUCACGAGCCAUGGUUGAGGAAGCUAGAGUUGUCUGCGGAAGAACUCACGAUAUACUUACUAACAUUGAAAAUGAAAAUAUAGAGGAAUUAAAUGAUGCUGUUUCAAAAUACGCACUAUCAUCUGGAAAACUUUAUUACAUAUUCAGUCCUUACAAGAAAGCGGAGAAUGCUAAAGAGCGAGAGGUCCUACAGUUGGUUCGAUCAGCAUGUGAACGUACAUCCUUAAUGCUAUCAAGAGUAUCCAGGUUGGCUAAAAUGGUGGAUGCUAAAGAUGCUGAACCAUGUGAUACUAUCGGUGUGAAAUUAGCCGAUGCUGCGCAGGUGUUGCUAUCCAGUGCUCAAUUAUUAGCUCCAAGUAUGCGUUGUGACGCUUCUCGGACAGUACUUUCCUCAUCAGUAAAUAAUGUUUCUGAUCUGGCCACGACAUUGGGUAACGCCUGGUCUCUAAUAAUAGAACAAGAUGAGCUUGGGGAACAGUUAGAUAAAGAUCUGGCUGAUUUGCAAAGUGAUCUGGACAAAUUGAAAAAUAUUUUGAAAGAAAAUACACAAUUCGCUGAAGAAACGGGCAACCUUCAAACUGAAAACGUUGAUAAUUUUGUAACGGAUGACGUUGCAAAAACUUCAGAUAUCGAUGUAAAAAUAGAAGACACUCCUCUCAAAGAACUGGCAAUGAAAAUUCUUAAAUCUGCUAAAAGUGAUUUGGAGAGCAAAACUCUUUCACCCGAGGAACAUACAGCCUUACAAACCUUUACAAAUGAACUUACCGCAGCCAUAUGUGCCUUAGACUUGGCUACGGCGCGCUGCAAAUCAGAUCUGCUGGAUCCGAAAAAACGUCAGCAUCUAGAGAACGUGGUACAAAACUUGCAACAUAUUUGUUUGGUGUCACGACAAAAUGGCGACGAACAGAGCUACAUUAUAGAUUUGAUGGAGUUCGUGAAACACGUGACGUCAGCUGCGGACGAUCUAUACCAAACGACUGCUUAUGUUGAGCAGGACAGAUGCAAAAAAGCUUUAACGAGCGCAACAGUGAGUAGCAGUAGACAGUGCCUCCUCCCGCCAAACGCUAGCCCCGCCCCCAGUGCGCACGCGCGCUCGUAA